GUAGGGCAAUUAUAUCAAAAUAUCCUUCCUUGGCAGAUGUUGGUGGCAGCUAUGAAACCUGGUAUCGUCAGUUAGGCGAUAAAGUUAAAAAUGAAUUAAGGCAUGAAAGGAGUGAUCCAGUUGUGCUAGCAAGAAAAAGAAAGUCAAUUGAAGGCUCGGAUUUGACAGCUAAGGUGCCAGGAAGCAGCCGAAGGGGAAUAAUAAAUUGGGAACCUCCUGCUGUUGAUGGUGAGGACCUACAUUCUAACAAAGCCCAUGUUCAAUGGAUGCAGAAGGAGUACCGAAAAAAGCACCCAAACAUGGAAGUCGUUAAGCAGAAAAUGCAACUGACUUUCUCCUUCAGAAGAAAGUACAUAAAUGCUGGGAAGUGUUCCCUUAAUGAAAUUGAUGCGAAAUACCCUUUUUUAUUUGAACAUGAUCAGUUACAAGAUGAGUAUGAAAGAUUGGUGUCUGGCAGUAGUGUUAAAGAUUUGGUUGUUACAAACUUACGUGAGCUUGCACCUAAGAUUUUGAAAGCUGCCAGCAAGAAGAAACUCCCUCAACUUGAAGAACUGGUUCAAGCUUGCGUACAAAAUGAGGAUGAACUGGAUGAGGAGAACAGAUUGACAGAUGAUGAGAAAGUUGUUGUGGCACUUUGUACCUUGCCACACCUUUUGGAAAGGAAAACAAAAAGUAAUCCACAUCCAGAAAAUUUCCUUUAUCAGACAGCAGAAAACCCAGAGGUAUUGUUGAAGAAAGCUGCCAGCCCCAUCAGCCCAUUCAUCAUCUUCGUGGAGGACAGUGAUGGUCACAUAAUGAACAAAAUGUUUGUUGCAGGGGAAAAACAAGUUUGUUUGGAAACAGAUAACAUUUUUUCAGCAGUAUCGUCCCUUUUGUUUUUGUAUUAUGUUUGUAAUUUAGAGUACCCGAAACAGUGUUUUAACACGUUCCUUUUUUUACAACGUACUGUUCUAAAUAUUUUUGACCGGGUAAGAGUGCCAACCAAAGUUUUAUUAUUCUUAAAUGAACUGGAACAGUGAACAUGAAGUAUUAGGCAUAAGUCCAUGUUAUAUAGCUGGUUUGUAAAUUUGUUAUGUACAAUAUAAUAUAAUGUAAUAUAUUCUGUCAUAUAGAAAUAAAUAUGUUUUUACCUUACCACUGCACUAGAAUUAAUUCAUUUCGUGGCACCGGGCCAUUGUUUAGAAGAGCAUUUUUAUUCUUUUGGUGU